AUGUUUUUGCCACUCUUCUUGGUAACUAUUCUCAUAAGUGGAGGCCUAGGAACUCCAGUCCGUUCUCGUCCCGAAUAUCAGAAGGACGAUUAUUAUACCUAUGAAGAGAUACAGGACUACCUAAAAGGACUAGCCGAAAGCUAUGCUAACCGAGUGAAAUUGACAAACGUUGGAAAAUCCUACGAGAACAGGAACCUGACCACCAUUACCAUAUCAAACGGAGAUGGGCGGAAAGACAAGAACGUAAUCUUCAUAGAUGCCGGAUUUCAUGCCAGAGAAUGGCUAACUCAUACGACAGCCCUAAAUGUCAUUGAUAAUUUGGUUGUGAACUUCGAAGAGAACAAGCGAUUCCUGCAGGACUAUGACUGGAUUAUUUUACCCUUGGUGAACCCAGAUGGCUACACAUACUCGCGAUCCGGAAAGAAGUUCACUAAUGAAACAAUUUACUGCCCACUCGCCUAUACUGAAGAUCAUGAAAUCAAAUGUUGGCGAAAGAAUCGCGAACCCAACAAAUACCGAUGCAUUGGCACCGAUCUCAACCGCAACUUCGGACAUGGAUGGGGUAAAGGAGACGCCUCGAGUGAUCCCUGCGAUUCGACAUUCAAGGGUCUUUCCAAAUUCUCGGCAUCGGAGUCCCAAGCAGUGAGAAGAGUUAUUCUCGACCUGGCAAACUCCGGACGUGGCGUUUUGUACCUUUCGCUUCAUUCCGCUGUGGGCAAAAUUCUGUAUCCAUGGGGAUCCGAAGAAAUCAAGGCUAAGAACUACAAGGAGCAUGAGGAAGUGGUCCAAGCAGGCAUAGAUGCCAUGGCCAAUGGAAACUUUCAGUUCCCCUCAACUUACAAACAAGGUCCUUCCUAUAGCCUCUACCUUGCUGGUGGAGACUCCAGUGACUAUGCCUAUGAAAUCGCCAUCUCGAUCCACAUGGCAUCCACUUCCACGGGGCAGCAACAUAUGUCGGGCGACACUUGCAACCUGCCAGUUGCGGAGCAUCCGAUGUCCUCCGUCCUGCGUCCGCUGUCCAAUGAGUCCGCCGACUCCGCCGACUCCUUUGUCCAUGCAUAA